UCGCUUUGCUGUAGCUUUGUCGUUACUAGUUUCAUGGUUGUGCAGCACGGGUCCAGCAGCUUCACGAACAAACAGAUGGAUGAGAAACUACCAGAGGAGAACGGACAGACGCCGCCAGUGCGCAAGGAGGAUGAAGAAGAGAUGGAGGUUGCCACGACGACGCAACUAGAACCUCUCAUCGUUGCCCCUGACGAUGCAUACAGAUCAUCAAAUACAAAUACACAGACCGAUCCAGAGGACGCAGGAGACGUACACACAAACUCAGCAGCAGCAGCUACGCAGUCUCGAGACGGCGUGUGUGAGACAGAGGAGUGUGAUGAUGAUGAAGAUUCAGAGGAUUCAGACAGCGACAGCUCUUCCUCGUCCUCUUCAUCAACAUCUUCCUCCUCAUCCUCCUCUCCCUCUGCCCCCGUGAUCGGGGAAGAUGACGACGAUGAAGGUUUCAGCCAGCCGGCCCCCAUCAAGACCAGAGAUGAAGUCCUGCUCGAGGAGCUGCCCGCAGUGGAGGAGGUGAGUGUGUCCUUACCAGAAGAUGCAGAACUGCAACCUGUAGGAACGGUCUCCAGUAUUAUACAGCAGCUUGUCGUCAUCCAGUCUCUGAAAGACACGCCCCCUCUGAAUGAUGACAGCAUCAUCUUUCGAUCUGAUGGGUUGGCUGUGGGCAAGGUGUUUGAAGUGUUUGGCCCGGUGUCCAACCCGCUGUAUAUUUUGCGAUUUAACUCUGCAGAGCAGAUCAGCAGCAAGGGGCUGACAGAGGGACUGACUGUUUAUUAUGCACCAACCAUUAAAGAGUACACAGAAUACAUCCUCACUCAACAGCUCAAACUUUUAAAGGGAUCUGACGCUUCCUGGAAGAACGACCAAGAACCACCAGCGGAGGCUUUAGAUUAUAGUGAUGACGAGAAAGAGCAGGAAGCUAAGAGGAAAGUGAAAAACUCCAAAAAGAAGAGGGACAGUAACAAUGCAGAAAAUCCUGCCCACAUUACCCAGAAUACCUUGCAGCAGCAGCGAGAUGUCAGGGUUUUCCCACCAAGACACGCAGGGCCUCCGUUCAGGCACCAGAACCCGAGGAAUCAACAUCUACCGUUCAAACACACACACGCUCCACCCAGACACAUACACCCACCGCCCAGACACACCAACGUCCUUCCCAUGUACCUCCCCCCUCCCUGCCCUUACCCUCCUCCACCUCCUCAUCCGUUUCCCCCACCCAACUUCCCUCUCUACCCCCCUCCUCCUGCUUUUUUCAACCCGUCUUUCUCCUCCCAUCUCUGGCCGCCUAACUCUGUCCCCUUCUCUGACCUCCCUCCUCCUCCCCCACCUCCUCAUCCUCCUCCUCAGUGAUGUAGACACUCCUCCAGCCGUGUCAGUCCAGUAUUGGUUAGGCUGUAUAAUCACUGGUUGUAAAAUAAAAACUUUUCUGAAUAUAGCUGAUGGAGGGAAGAGAUGUGUCCAACCACAUACUCCACGAGCACUGAUGUUUUAAGAUAUUAUUUCAAAUCUAUUUUCCCAACAGCUACAGACGUUUUUUUUUUUUUUAACAUCUGACUCCCGUAGGAACCCUCUAAAGGAAAAUAGUCCC